CAUCACAUCAUGAUGCUGGUAUAACCUUCCACCACAUUUAAUGAUUGGAUUUGGUGAUCGAACACGACUGAAUGAAAAUCAUAUAGAAUAAUAAACUCGUUGAAACUACAUAAAGAGGGAUAUCUUUACAGAUACAUACUCAGACGUCGAAGACGACAACGGUAUUCGCUUCAACAAGUUUAUCUGAUACCUGACUGGCACGAUCCUACAACCGUUGUUCCGGUCUUGAAACAAGAUGAAGUCCGCACGACUCGCCAUCCCUCUCUUCUUGGUAUUCAUCUUCUGUGUUUACCAAGCUUCUUCAGCUCCUGCUAAAGAUGUGGCCAAGGAAGCAAUAUAUGGCCCGGGUAUGAUAAGAGAACACAAAGCUGAAAUGCGUGAGGAUGGGAACGUGAAACUUGACACCUUUGCUAAAGAUGUGGCCAAGGAAGCAAUAUAUGGCCCGGGUAUGAUAAGAGAACACAAAGCUGAAAUGCGUGAGGAUGGGAACGUGAAACUUGACACCUUUGCUAAAGAUGUGGCCAAGGAAGCAAUAUAUGGCCCGGGUAUGAUAAGAGAACACAAAGCUGAAAUGCGUGAGGAUGGGAACGUGAAACUUGACACCUUUGCUAAAGAUGUGGCUGAGGAAAUAUUUUAUGGAGAUGCUGCAUAAUGUCGUCAAUCGAAAUGGAUAAUCCUCAUAAUGUCGUCAAUAGCAAUGGAUAAUCAUCAUAAUGUUGUCAACCGAAAUGGAUAAUCCUGAGUGCAUUCAUAGUCCUCCAUCCAAUUCUACAUGUACACGCCUGCAUUAAACAAUGUAAUGAUUUUGAAUCAGUGCUUUUAAUCACAAAAUGUUCAUGAAGUUCACUGUGAUCAACAAAUGCGAUUACAUCACCUUAACUCUUUUUUUUUCAAAUCAAACUAUCAACAAUUUCAACGUUAUGUCAAUUGUUAUUAUUGUUAUUGGGGCCUGUUGCAGAAAGUCAAAAUAUCAAGCGCAAGUCCCAAAUAUGGGUGCUUCAUUGGCUGAAAAUCAAGCUGCGCAAGAUUUUUUGAGUUGCAUUAACUUGAUGCAACUCUUUCUGCAACGGGCUCCAGACCUGCAAACUGGCAGCUUAACAGCAUUAAUUUUAUUAAAUUCACAUACAACAGAAUAUUUAUAUAUAUUGAAAAAAAAACGUGACAUGAAUCCACGUGUUAUCCAUUAAAAUGAUAUAGAAAGAUGAAACGUAAAG